AUGGCCGACCUUUCUUUCGUGCUGCGUAGGGACUCACAUCAGGGAGACGUGGAGAGAUUCAUGAGCGUGAGCAGAGACCGGGAGGCCGGCCGUGAGGAGGAGUUGAUACUCACUGUCGUUCUGUUGGUCAGGUUUGCCAUCAAACUGCUGGAGGACGUGGUUUUCUUCGUGGCUGACGUCAUCAACAGCGGCCAGCCGGUCCUGGAUGUAGUCAUGACCAAAGCCAACCGAGAGAGACAGAAACUGAUGAGAGAGCAGAACAUCCUCAAACAAAUCUUUGGCAUCCUGAAGGCUCCCUUCAAGGACCGCGGGGGAGGGGAGGGUCCUCUGCUGCGUCUGGAGGAGCUGGCGGACCAGAAGAACUCUCCGUACCAGUACAUGUUCAGACUCUGCUACAGAGUCCUCCGACACUCGCAGGAGGACUACCGCAAGAACCAGGAGCAUAUAGCCAAGCAGUUCGGUGUGAUGCAGAGUCAGAUUGGCUAUGACAUCCUGGCUGAGGACACCAUCACCGCGCUGCUGCACAACAACCGCAAACUGCUGGAGAAACACAUCACCAAGACCGAGGUGGAGACCUUCGUCAGCCUCGUCCGUAAGAACCGAGAGCCCAGGUUUCUGGACUACCUGUCCGACCUGUGUGUGUCCAACAAUGUGGCCAUCCCCGUCACUCAGGAGCUCAUCUGUAAAUGUGUGCUGGACCCCAAAAACCAGGACAUCCUCAUCAAGACAGAACGUCGCGUCCCCAGAGAGUCGCCACCUGGUGGAGAGUACAUGGGGAUGGACGACUACGGAGACGAGGACGAG